CGCCACUCUCACUUCCGGUUACCCGUCUUAUGAGAUUCAGAUACGCGAUAAACUGGAAAAGAAAAAGAAGGGGGAAAGUACCCUGUCUUCCUGUCUUUAAUCCAUGUAUCUCCCCUUCAUUGGCUAGCAACCUGCAUUAGAACCUGAUCCUGAGGUUUUCCUUAUUUUUUUCCUGUAGUCAAGCCACCCACUUAGUGUUCGGUCUGGAGUUAACUAUGGCCUUUGGGCGUAUCUCCGCUAGUCUAUCCCGAAUACUGACAAUAUGUUCCAGUUGCGACUCGCUUUAUAAGUUGUCCGACGUCCGAAUCGUACUUGAUUAUGGUGCAUUUUCAUAUCGCAGAACGGUCAAGCGACUGACGGUUUACUCACUGCAUGUUUCUUGUAGUAAUCUCCGCGUCCUUAUCAGCCUAUGGGAGAUUUCUGUCGAGUCAUGUUGGGCGGUCGUGCUGCCGAUCUGUUUAAUACAACAAAUUAUAUCCCUGACUUGUUUGAAUGGCGUGCUUGUCCACCGUCAUGCGGGACGCUACUCAAUCCAAUGUCUCUUUUUGCAGUGUAGGUAUUCAGUAGUCCGCUUCAACUAUAACAAGCUCCGUCUAGACCGACAAGUAUUGAUGCCUGGUAUUACCCGCUUAGUCACCGAGCAGGCAUUCAUUGAUUUCCUACUCUGUACAUCUACAUAUGAGAACAGACCACAGUAGCAACGCCAUAACGCAGGAUUCC